CGUAAACUCCACCAACUGUACUAUGUACCAAUGUAGACGACGAACUCAACUUUGUUUCUUGCUAUUUAAUCCACCCAAACGACAUAAUCUGUUUCUUAAGUCGAAUCCAUCUUUUUCAUGGAGUUCUCUAUGAUGCAAAACCUAGAAACUCAACCUUUAUGGCUCCUUCUUCUACUCACCGUUGCUUUUCUUUCUCUUACAAUAACAUCCUUCAAACUUUUGAAUUGGGUGUUCAUUCAUUUCCUCAGACCCGCAAAAGACCUAAAAAAAUACGGGUCAUGGGCAUUGGUUACGGGUCCUACAGAUGGUAUUGGUAAAGCAUUUGGUUUCCAACUAGCUAGCACAGGACUAAAUUUGGUUCUUGUGGGUCGAAACAUUGAUAAACUAAAUGAUGUUUCAUGUUCAAUUCGAGCUAAAUUCAAACAAACCCAAAUCAAGAUUGUCGUGGUUGAUUUUUGUGGUGAUUUAACUCAUGGAAUUGAGAAGAUUAAGGAGACAAUUGAUGGUUUAGAUGUUGGAGUUUUGAUCAAUAAUGUUGGGGUUUCUUAUCCAUAUGCUAGAUUUUUUCAUGAAGUCGAUGAUAAAUUAUUGUGUGAUGUGAUUAAGGUUAAUGUUGAAGGUACCACAAAAGUUACGCGUGUCGUGUUGUCGGGAAUGAUUAAAAGAAAAAAAGGAGCUAUUGUUAAUCUUGGGUCGGGUGUUGCAGUUGUUAUGCCUUCUGAUCCUCUUUAUACACUUUAUGCCGCUUCUAAAGCAUACAUCGAUCAAUUUUCAAGAUGUCUAUAUGCCGAAUACAAGAAAAGUGGCAUCGAUGUGCAAUGUCAGGUGCCUUUAUAUGUGGCCACGAAGAUGUCUGCACUUAGAAGGUCAUCCUUCUUUGUUGCAUCAACAGACAGUUAUGCUCGAGCAGCCAUACGUUGUAUUGGUUACGAACCACAAUGCACACCUUAUUGGCCACACUCGAUUUUGUGGGCUCUCGCAAGUUUGCUACCAAAGUGUGUUAUUGAAGCUUGGUGGUUGGGUGUCUGUCUUGCUAUUCGCAAAAGAGGAAAGCUCAAAGAGUCAAGGAGGAAGGAUGUAUUGAAUUAAGAUAUGAUGAUUGUGGCAAUAUAUAAUAUUCAUAUUCAAUAUGUUCUUAUUUGUUUUGCCUUGAGAGAAUAUGAUUAAAGAUUUAGAAUUAAGAGAAACUUAAACCUUGAAACCCAAUGUUCUUUAUCGUUCUUUUUAUGUCUAGACAGAUUCGACUAGAGGGACUCCUAACAACAAACUAGUAUAAAAAUAUGUUACAAUGAUACAACAAAUAACGGUUUUGUUAUUAAACUGCUUAUAAGAGUUGUUUCUACUGCAUAAUGGAAA